AUGUCUCCCUCUGGCACAACUUUUGUUACUCAGACUCCUGGUGACUCAAAAAGGAAAUCUUUAAACAAUUUUGAAUUUACUCCAAUUGGUUUUAAGAAGAACACACCAACUUCUCAAGGUAAAGAACAAAACAAUAACGAUGACCAUUCGGAUAAAAAUAAGACUAAUAUUGACGAUAUCACAAAAUCCCCCCCAAGAUUUAGAAUCACGGAACAAAAUAAAAGAUUUAAAUUAGGUAAAGCAAGGAGAACAACCAGAUCGGAUAUUGAUAGUGAAUUUGAUGAAAUAGAAGAAGAAAAAGAAGAUGAAGACAAUUAUGCUAGGAAUGGUAUUAACAAUGAUGAAAGCAAAAAUAAUACCGAACAAUUAUUUCAGGACUCAUCUUUUGAACAAGAAAAGACUAACCUUAAUAUAUCCAUGAAUAACCUGAAAAUACCCAGUAAUACAAAAAAUAGUACGAAUACCCACUCAAACAUAUUUUUAUCAAAUAACAAGGAAAACGAAAAUGAUGAAGAAACCAGCCCCCAUUUACACAAGGAUAAUACUAAACUAUCUAACCCUUUAAGAGAACAAGAAAAUAAAUUGCGCUCAUUGGAGUUGGAAAACUAUACAUUAAGAGUUAAAGUUAAUUCUUUAUUGAAAUUUUUAAACAAUGUUGAUGAUAAGGGGAAUAUAUCUAAGCAGUUAUCGAUUUUAGAUGAAUUAAAUGAUUGGAAAUCGAAAUAUUUUUUAGUUCAUAGAGAUUUGAAAGAUUUAAGAUUAGAACACGAUAGUUUUACCAAAAAAUUUGAAAACAAUACUGCCAAGGAGAAACAAGAACAAAAAGAAGACGAACUCAAGUUGCAAAAAGAAUUGGAUAAACUAAAACAAAGCCAUACUGAACAACUUAGUACUCUAGAAAAAACAAUAAAAGAGUUAAAUGAUAAAAUAAAGCUUUUAUCAAGUGAAUUACAAAAUAAGAAUGGCACAAUUAAAGAACUAAACACUCAAUUGGAGACGGUUUCAAAAGAAGAUUUUAAUAAAUUAACCAAGUCACAAGAUUUAAAUGUCAAGAAACUAAAACUAAAACAAAAUGAAAUAGAUUCUUUGUUAAAUGAAUUAGAAAUUAUGAAAAAUAAAUCUGAAAGGGAACAGAACGAUCAGUUGACGGCUUUGGAAAAUGAUAAAAAAAAGUUGCAGCGCAAAAUUGAACAAUUGAUUGAAAAGAUAGCUAUGUUAGAAAAUACCAACACAGAUUUGGAAAAAUCAGGUAAAAGUACAGCAUCUGAAUUACAGCAAAAAAUGUUAGAAAAUGAAAAGUUAUUAAAAAUUCAGUUUGAAAAAAAAAUAGAUGUAUUGAAAGAAUCUAAAAAUAAAGAAAUGGCAAGUUUGCAAGGGAAAGUAGACGAACUGCAGACUCAGUUACAAGAUCAAGUUUCAAAAAAUUUAGAGCUAAACACCAAACUACGAUCAUUAAAAGAAACAAUAGAAAGGGGGAAAAAUGAUUUGGAGAAAUUAGGCCGAUUGGAGAAUGAUUUGAUAAAUGCAAAUUCAAAUGUUUCAAAACUAAAAACUGAAUUGAAGGAUACUAAAUCGAAAUUCCAACAGUUAUUAGAUAAUAAAAUAGAAGAACUAACUGAUUUGAAGUUUGAAAAUAAACAAAAUUUGUCGGACAAAGUAUUUUAUCAAAAUGAAUUAGAAGAUAAAAGCAAAGAAGUGAAAAUUUUGCAAGAAAAAUUGGCAAAUGUAUCCAAGUUUCAGGAUAAUAAUAAAGAGUUGGAAAGUUAUAAAAAAAAAAUACAUUCGCUAACGUUGGAAGCCGAUGCUAUAAAAGAUGACUUGAACCUGGAAAGGGAAUCUACAAAUAGAUUACAAAGAUACUGGGAAAACAAAUAUAAUAUUUUAAAGGAAGAAAAUGAUGCCUUGACUAGGGACAAUACCGAGUCGAAUAAACAAAGGUUGAACGAUUUGAAUGAUUUACAGAAUGACUUGGAAAAAUUGCGUCAAAGAUGUAAUGACAUGGCUAUGGAAAAAUUAACUUUGUCACAAACUUUAAGAGAUACCACUAAGGAAAAUACUCGUUUGAGACAAGAUAUUAAGGAUGUCAAUCAAAAAUUGAACUAUGUAACAUCUGAAUUUGUGAAAUUGCAAGAUUCUUUUGCUGCAGCCAGUAAUAAUGUUGAUAGUCAGGCUAGUUUGGAUAAUUUAAAACUAAUAGAAAAGUAUAAGAAAAUGAAAACCAACUUUUUACAAGAAAUCAAAAGUUUACAAGAUGAAAAUUUAGCCCUAGAAAAGGAACUUAUCAUGUUACAACAGAACCAACAGAAUAUGCCGUCUAUGGAUAAUACCUAUGGGUAUGGUAAUGAUAAUAACAUUUUAAAAGAUACAUUAGAUUAUUAUAAACUAAAAUACCAUAAAGAGGUGAAUUCAAAUAAUGAUCUACGAGUUAUGAACGAUUACUUAAAUAAUGUUUUAAAAGCAAGCACUACCAAAGUGAGGAUGGAUUUGCUAAAGGCAGAAAACCAAAUGGAUACCGAUGAUGAUAUAAAUCAACGCGAGGCAUAUUCUGAAAAUUAUUAUGAGCGUAAUUACGGUGAUAACACUUUAUACAAUCAACCAGAAACUUAUCUAAAACGAACAACACCCAUUAAUUACAAUAAUUCUUAUCCAUAUGGUGCGAAUAAUCUUUUUAAUACAAAAAUUAACAACAAAAGGCAAUAUUUAAGAAGAAAAUUAAAGAUACCAUUUUUAGUUGCAUUGGCCUGUAUUAGGUUUAAGAAUGUAGCCAUGAAGAAAAAAUACGAUGAUCAAAGAAUUUUCAACCUAAAAGCAAAAAUUGAGAAUAGUAGAAUGACUUGGUAA